AAACAAACAAACUACAACAUAUCCAUCAACUUUUGUUUGUUUUAAGAUCAAAAUCUUAAUACUCAAACACACCAUGAUAACCACUCUCACAGAAAAUUACAACUCUACAACCCUAUUCUUCACUCUAUCAACCAUCAUCAUAGUCCUAAUUUGGUACAUAAAAUCUAAGAAGCUCAACCAGUACUCAACACCAUUGCCACCAGGCCCACGAGGCUUACCAAUAGUGGGCAGCCUUCUAAGCCUUGAACCAGAACUCCACUCCUACUUCAAAAGCCUCUCACACACCUAUGGUCCAAUCCUAAAGCUCCGCUUAGGCAGCAAGCUCAAGAUCAUCAUCACCUCACCUACCUUAGCCCGCCAAGUGCUCAAAGAAAAUGACACCAUUUUCGCCAACCGGGACGUGCCUAGUGUAACCCGAAACUCGGCCUAUGGCGUGAGCGACAUUGUGUGGACACCAUACGGCCCGGAAUGGCGGAUGUUGAGAAAAGUUUGUGUCUUGAAGAUGCUAAGCAAUGCUUCCUUGGACUCAGUUUACUCCCUUCGCCGCCGCGUGGUUCGACAAGGCGUGAGUCAGCUGUACAAUCGGGUUGAUCAAUCGCCUGUUGAUGUGGGGGAGCAUGUUUUCUUUUGCAUACUGAACUUGAUCAUGAACAUGCUUUGGGGAGGUACGGUUGAUGUUGAGGAAGGGGCCAGUGUGGGAGCCGAGUUUAGGAAGAUUGUCUCUGGAAUUACUGAGCUUCUUUCUAAACCCAAUGUGUCUGACUUCUUUCCGGGUCUAUCCUGGUUUGACUUACAAGGGAUGUCUAAGAAGAAUCUUCAGUUAACCCAAAGUUUUGAUAGGAUUUUUGAUAGAAUGAUUAGUACAAGGAUGGAGAUUGAGAAAAGUGGUGGGAAUGGAAAUAAUGAUUUCGUGCAGUUUUUGUUGAGAUUGAAAGAUGAAGAAGAUUCUAAAACACCCUUGACUUUAACACAUGUCAAAUCUUUGCUCUUGGAUAUGGUAGUUGGGGGAACUGAUACAUCAUCCAACGCAAUUGAAUUUGCCAUGGCAGAGAUCAUCAAUGCACCAGAGGUAAUGAAGAAGGUCCAGAGAGAGUUAGAUGCCGUAAUUGGAAAAGACAACAUAGUUGAGGAAUCCCAUAUUUCUAAAUUACCAUACUUACAAGCUGUAAUGAAAGAAACACUACGCUUGCACCCAACUUUGCCACUUUUAGUGCCACAUUCCCCAAGUGAAACAUGUGUUGUAGGAGGGUACUCUGUUCCCAAAGGGUGUGGUGUUAUUGUCAAUGUAUGGGCUAUUCAUAGAGACCCUUCUAACUGGGAAGAUCCAUUGAAGUUUGAGCCAGAGAGAUUCUUACAGGACAGUCCUAAGUGGGACUUCACUGGUAGUGACUUAAAGUAUUUCCCAUUUGGGUCUGGUAGAAGAAAUUGUGCAGGCAUAGCUAUGGCAGAGAGGAUGGUUAUGUAUUCCUUGGCUACCCUUUUGCAUUCUUUUGAUUGGAAAAUCCUUCAUGGCCAAAAAUUGGAUCUUUCGGAGAGAUUUGGUAUUGUCAUGAAGAUGAAGACACCUCUCGUUGCUAUUCCUACUCCACGAUUAUCUGAUCCAUCCCUUUAUGAGUAGACCUGUGUAUACUUUAAAUUAUGUUUUGUAUUUUAAGUUUUAAAAGUUAUAUAUAAGCUAACUUGGUUGUAAAACAAAGCAAUGGUUGUUGAAUCUCUGAUUAAGCCUGCCCACUAUAUUAUGAAUUAAGAAGCAAAAAGUUAGCUGA